AUGAAAUUAAUAUUUUUAUUUUUCUUUGCCAUUUGUCUGGUAUUGGCCUAGGAUAACAACGUUGAUGGAAAUACUAAUGGAGAUGAAGCUUUGGAAAAUAUAAAGAAGUUAGAAGAGUAAGAAAGAGAUGCAAUAAAAUAAACUCAGAAUUAGAAUGAUUAAGAAAAUUCGAAUAAUCGAGAUAAGACAAAUAAAAAAGAAGAAGAGAAGUUAUCAAUAGAUAGUGAAGAAUUAGCAGAUAUUAUUGAUGAUGCAAAAGAAAAUAUGUUUGAUUUAUUGGAAGCAUUAAGACCAUUAUUUGGGGUAAAUAAUUAAGUUGAACUAUUACUAGCUUAGAUUUGGUGAUAAAGAUAGAGAUAGUGAUGGUUAAGUAAUUGAAGAGGAAUCAGAUUAAGAAAAUGAUGAUGCAUAAGAGGAAUCUGUAUAUUAGUAUGAUCAAGUUGAAGAUUUAAUAAAAGAGGUUGAGUCAGACCCUUUGAUGAUGUAAUGGGAUUAAUUAAUGAAUGAUUUUGAUCCUGAAGAUUUACUUACUUUUGAAUUAUAAUCUGGAGCCACAGAAGUACAUUUAAUAUCAAAACUUAAAAAUAGAUUUUAUGUGAAACAAUCAAAAAGCCUACUACUAUAAGAGGGGCUUAUUUUAUACCUUAAUUUAGAGUGGAUCAAAAGAUUGAUUUCCAUAUAAAAACUUCGAAUAAUACAUUAUUAUAUUCAAAAGAAAGAGUUUAAGAAGGCAUUUUUAAAAUUGACAUACCAGAAAAAGGAGAAUAUAAAUUCAUCUUUACUAAUAAAAGAGUAUUUUUCAUACAAUAUUGUAUAGACGAAAGAACCUUUAACUAUAACAUUUGCAAUAGAUGUUCAUGAUUCUCAUUAAGAGUUCCUUAAAUUGGCUGAUUUAGACCCCUUAACUUUAAGAAUAGAAAGAUUAUCUAUGGCUAUGAGAGUAAAUUAUAUAAUUAUUAAUAAGGAUAAUUAUUUUUAUGAUAAAAUGGCUGCUUAAUAAUUUGAAGGAGGAUUAAGAGAGGUCUAAAAUGCUAAUAAUAAAUUAUUGCUUUUUAGUCUGAUUGAAGUUAUUGGUAUUAUUGCCAUUACAGGAUGGCAAGUAUUCUACCUUAAAAGAAUUCUGAGUAAUUAGAGAAUUAUAUGA